UGUCUACCAGAGGAAGUGUCCUCCAUGGUGUCAUUGUAGGUCUGUUGAGGUUGAAUCUGCAGUAAUAAACCAUGUCUGGGUACACGCCAGACGAACAGCUCCGUGUGAAUCAGCUCACCAAGCUCCGGAGGCAGUGGCUGAAGGACCAGGAGCUGAGCCCGAGGGAGCCCGUGCUACCAGCUAAAGCUCCCGGCGCUGUCGCUAAGUUCUGGGCAGGCUUCCUGGAGCCCAAGAGUCUGUGGAGGCUUUACACCUACAAAGCAUACAGAGGUGGAGUUUUUACAUUAACACGGCUGUUGAUCCCUGCUUGGAUUGUUCACUACUACGUGAAGUACCAUGUUACCCAAAAGCCAUUUGGUAUUGUGGAGUUGAAGCCCAGGCUGUUCCCUGGUGACACCAUUCUGGAGACAGGCGAAGUUGUUCCAGAUCUUCCCGAGACCCACGGUCACCACUGAAGUUGAAAUAUUUUAAUAAUUUCUCUGAGAGUCUGUUGUAAAAACUGUGUAUAUGCCAUUAAAUAUUACAAAU